AUGAAAAUUUUAGUUAUUGGCGAUAUAUUUGGCCAAACUGGCCGUAAAGUGGUUAGAAAUUACCUUCUACAAUUAAAAAAAGAGCAGAGUGAUAUUGACCUGGUUAUUGCUAAUGUAGAAAAUGCUACUCAUGGCAAGGGAGUAUCCCACAAACAUUAUAAAGAGCUAAAAGAUGCGGGCAUUGAUAUAAUGACUUCAGGCAAUCAUAUUUUCGCUAAUGAGGAAACACGAAAAUAUAUCCAGGAAGUUCCAGAUUUAUUAAGGCCUCUCAAUUCUAAUCCUUAUCAUCUAGGACCUGGAACAAUUUUGACUAAAAUUAAAGGUAAAAAAAUUCGGAUUACUAAUUUAUUAGGAACGAAUUUUAUGCCUCUUGCAGUUGAAAAUCCCUAUUUUGCUUUGGAGAAAAUAUUAAACUUACAAGACUGGGAUCUGCAUUUGGUAGAUUUUCAUGCCGAGGCUACGGCCGAAAAAAUUGCCCUGGCUUUAUAUUUUGACGGAAAAAUUAGUGCUUUGUGGGGGACCCAUACUCACGUCCAAACGGCUGAUGAAAGAAUUUUGCCCGGUGGGACUGGUUUUAUUACAGAUUUGGGAAUGACCGGGCCUUAUAGCGGAGUUAUUGGAGCCAAGCCAGAA